UAGUAAUCUGUGAUAAAUCAACCUAAAAAAUUCAAAUUAUCACCAGUACUCAACAAAUAAUUGGAUAACAAUUGAAAAUGGAUCAAAAUAUCAAUUUAACAGCAUACACUCCUGAAAUGUGGGUAAAGGACGACGAAAAUCUAACAAAUCAACUACAAAACUCUUCGUGGGAAAUGUUUCCAAUAUUAAAUUAUUUGGAUUCAAGUAAUUUACAACAUGGGCAACUUGUAAGAUUCAAAGGCAUGGUUCAAGAUAUGCACACACCUGAAUAUUAUCUGGAAAAGUGUGUGAUUAAUAAUCAGGAAACGAAUGAAAAAAAAGUGACAUAUGGUAAAUACCUAGAAUUUUUACCGUGUGAAGACAAUGAAACAGUGGAUUUUUAUAGCGAUGAGGUUGUACGAAAAGAAUUACAAACCUUUUAUGUGAUAUCGACACCUGGUGAAAACCAGUGGGUUAAAGAUUUUGAAUCGAAUAAAAGAUCCACUCUACUUAAAGAGACAAAAACUACAUACUCGUCUCAAAAAAGAAGUUUAGAAGAAGAUGCCAAAAUGGAUAUAGACCUGGCUACAACUAAUGUUUCUCAAGCAGGCAAAAGGCAAUGCAAUUCUUCUCUUAAUCAGCCUCCACCUAACAAAAUGGAUAUGUCAACUGAAUACCUACUCAACUUUCCUAUUGAAGAUAAAAACGGCAAAGCUUGCCUCGUUAAAAUAUACAAGAAUGAAAAAGAGAUUAAGCUGAAUGAAGUCUAUGAAUUCAUUGGAUUUUUGAGUGUUGAUCCCAAGCUGUCUCAUGAAAUUUAUUGUGGUGAAGAAUCUGAAGGUAAUUUAGAAGAUCAAGUUCACAACCCACCCCCGUCAUUGAUUCCAAGGUUACAUUGUGUAACUUUCAGGAAGUCGAACCAUGGAAAUCCACUUGUCUGUUCUGAAAAUUUGAAAGAAUUCAAUUUUGAUCACAUUAGAAAGGAAAUAAUGAUUGCUUUCACACAAUUGAUGCUAGGAGAUGAACUGGCUGCAGAAUACCUACUAUACCAUUUGAUAUCAGAAGUGUAUGUUCGUAAAGAUAUGAUGGCUUUGGGAAAAUUCUCAUUGAAUUUUUCCAAUGUGCCUAUUGAUGAAAACAUGAAAUAUGUUGAGGCAUUGUAUGAAUUUCUGCAGUUAUUAGUGCCAAAAAGUGUUUACUUUCCUUUGACAAUUGAAAGUAUAAAUGAAAAAACAUUUAUACCAAAAAAAGACUAUGACAGUAAUCGAUUAAACAGUGGUUUACUGCAAUUGAGUGCAAAUACAUCCUUGAUUUUAGAUGAAACAAAAUUGCAGCCUGGUAAACUGAAUCAAGCUGGUAUAACAGCACUUCAGGCAAUUGCCAAAGUAAUUACAGAUCAAACUUUAUCGUAUAACUUUAAUUACUACUCGGUUAAUUUUGAUUGUGAUAUAAAGUUUUUGAUUGUUUCUGAAGGUAAAUCACUCCUACCCAGUGAUUGUCAUGUGGUUCUCCAACCAAGUGAAGAGCAUAUCUCAACGUUUAAAGAGAUAGCUGCUGCUUUGAAACAUUUUCUGAAACCAGAACUUUUGGAUGAAUGCAGAAAAUAUCUGUCAAUAUGCAAAUUGAUACCUUAUGAUAUUGAAGAGGAUAUGCAUUCUUUUAUUCAAAAUAAGUUCAUUGAAAUGAGACAAAAUGGAGGAACAGCAGAAGAUUUACACAAUAUUUUGGUUUUAAAUAGGCUCAUGUGUUUAAGUUAUGGCAAAAAUACUAUGAACUCAGAUAUUUGGGAUAUGGCUUCUAAAUUGGAAGAGAAAAGAAAACAGAGGAUUUCAAGUUGAAACUUCUUUUGGAACUAUUGUACAGAACUAAUGAUUAUUUAUAACUUUUUUUUCAAAGAAAUAUACAUUUCUUGUAUAAUAA